AUGAUUGGAUUGCAAGGGAUGGCCGGAGCAGGAAAAACUUCAAUGGCAAAAGAAGUGGGUUGCAAACUAAAAGAAUCUAAAUUAGUUGACAAAGUCAUCUUUCUUGUGGUGUCCAAGCCUCCAGAUUUGAAAAAGAUUCGAGGUGAACUUGCAAAAGGCUUAGAUUUGGAGUUAGAUGGAGUGAAUGAAGAGCUUUCCAAUACAAUAUGGUCUAGAAUCACUCAUAUGGAAGAAAAGCUGCUUAUAAUACUAGAUGAUGUAUGGGAAAAUUUUGAUUUGAUAGAAAACUUGGGGAUUCCAUCUGACCAUAAACAUAAAGGCUUUAGUUUAUUGAUAACCACACGUAAUUUAAGAGUUUGUACAGAAAUGGGAUGCCAAAUGAUUGAACUACAGACAUUGAUCUAUGAAGAGGCAUUGAAUCUUUUUAAAACACAUGCCAAUAUUAAUAAUUCCACUCGUGGUUUGAAGGGCAUGCCGGAAAAAGUUGUGAAGCAUUGUGGAGGAGUAUCAAUUGCAAUUAUAGCAAUAGCAAGCACAUUGAAAAAUCAAUCUACAUCAGUUUGGAAGGAUGCUCUAAAAACAUUGGAAGAUUAUGCUGUUGAUCAAAAUUUGGAAGAGGCUUAUAAAUGUCUAAGGUUAAGCUAUGAUAACUUGAAAAAUGAAAAUGCAAAAGAACUCCUUUUGAUAUCUUCUUUGUUUCCAGAAGAUGACAAAAUUCCUGCAAAACGUUUAACCAUAAUUGGUAUAGGAUUGGGCUUUUGCGCGGAAAAUGACAAAUACCACAUGGAAAGAAAUGAAGCGCAUGCAAUGAUAAUGGAUUUGAUAGAAUCCUCUUUACUGUUGAAUGGCGAACAAGAAAGUGUAAAGAUGCAUGACUUGAUUCAUGAAGUAGCCUUGUGGAUAGGAGACAAAGAUAUUUAA